CAAAAAAAGGAGGUGUCUCCACUACUACCCCACAUCUCUCUCUGAACCCGAGCCGCUAGACUUUUCUCUCUCAACUGUCGUAGGCGUUUCGCUUUCUCUCUCCGUAUAACGCCGUUAGAAUCGGUCCAUCAUCAAUCAUCUUCUCUCUUCCAUCAAGCUCUCUUCUUUUCCUCUCUCUCUCUCUCUCUCUCUCUCUCCGCUGCUGAGAAUCUGAAUCUGUCCCUCAUUGCCAUGGCAUCCGCGAAGGAUAACCUGCUGCCUCCAGGCCUGGUCUCCAAUCUCCAGCAAGUCCUCUCGCGCCGCAAGGAGGAGGACGGUUCCGGCGACUCCGCUGAGCCGAUCGAUCCUUCCACCUCGGACUCCGCCCCCGGCGGCGCGGACGCGGAGGAUUGCUCUAAGCCGAUCGUCCUGGUCACCAACAGCGACGGAAUCGAGUCCCCCGGCCUCGCUUACCUCGUCGAAGCUCUCGUCCGCGAAGGCCUCUGCAAUGUCCAUGUCUGCGUUCCUCAAUCGGACAAAUCGGCAUCAGGUCAUUCUGUGACUCUUAGAGAAACGGUUGCUGUGACAUCCGCUGAAAUAAAUGGUGCUGUGGCUUAUGAAGUUUCCGGGACUCCUGUGGAUUGUGUCUCAUUAGCAUUAUCUGGAGCGCUUUUUUCAUGGUCGAAGCCUCUAUUGGUUAUUAGCGGAAUCAAUAGAGGUUCAAGCUGUGGCAAUCAAAUGUUUUACUCUGGUGUCAUUGCUGGAGCUAGAGAAGCAUUAAUUUGCGGUAUACCAUCUUUAUCCGUAUCGCUGAACUGGAAAAAGGAUGAGAGUCAAGAAAGUGAUUUUAAGGACGCAGUUACUGUCUGCUUACCAUUAAUAAAUGCAACUAUCAGAGAUAUUGAAAAGGGCACUUUUCCUAAAAGUUGCUCGUUGAAUAUAGAAGUUCCAACAUCUCCUUUGACCAACAAGGGUUUCAAAGUUACGAAGCAAAGUUUAUGGAGAUCCACUCUGAACUGGCAAGCCGUUUCAGCUAAUAGGCAUUCAUCUUCUGGGCACUUCAUGUCCAAUCAACAAAGCCUUGGCAUCCAACUUGCACAGCUCAGUCGAGAUGCAUCUGCUGCUGGUGCAGCUCGGCGUUUAACCACACAAAAGAAAAGUCUUCUUGAGAUAGAAUCAGUUGGUGCUGCUGGGAAACCUGACACAAACCGAGUGAAGAAGUUCUUCAGAUUAGAGUUCAUGCACAGAGAGCAGGAUGAUGCAGAUGAAGAAUUGGAUAUCAGAGCUCUGGAGAAUGGAUUUGUUGCAGUCACGCCUCUAUCACUUUCCCUAAAGGACCAGGAAGAUGCCACAGCUGCUACAUCGGACUGGAUUUCCUCUUUGCUUCAAAGAGAGCAAUAAGGAUUUGCCAAAUUCAGCGACACGCAAUUCUGUAUACAUCCGAGAUUGAAAUGCUAGACUAGUUCUCAAUUGAUUUAAGAUAUGCUUAAUUUUUCAACAUAUGUUUCUAAGUUAUUGUUCGCUAGCUAAAUUAUUGGUAGGGUUUGGGUGGGGUUUGCAGUUUCUUUUUACAUGACCGAACUUGAGCACAGGGUAACAAAAUACAGACCCCCUGUUUUGCCGAGAUUGUUUUGUUGUCGCUUUAUCUGUUGCUUUCUUUUUUCACUUAAAGCGAGAAGGAAGAUUGGUCUUUUUGGCAAUCUGGUUCUUGACA